AUGCUUUCGGCUAAGAAUGAUCAUUCAGUUGAUGAAAAUUCUGAUUUAUUAGAAUUAUCAGAUUCCUUAAGUCCUUCUGACAUCUCAAGCCAAUCUUCUUUUAGUAAUUUUAAGCGUUCCAACUCAUUGCCAAUACAAUCAAAUUUACCCACAUUAUUUAAUAAUUUAAGGGCGAAUGAUAGAAGAGAAUUAUCCAACAGUAACAUUUCACCAGGAAGAAACUGGUUUAAAAAGCUAAUGAGCUCGAAUAAUAAGCUAAACGAUUUAGGAUCUAUGGAAAAUAUGAGACCAGGGUGGAUAGGAAAAAGUACUAGUAGUAAAUCAUUAGGGGAUAAUGGCCAUAGUGAAGAUGACCUAUAUGAUAUUACUGUAGAGAAUGAAACGGAAACUACUGCAUAUCCAUUUAAAGAUAUCGACCAAGUUAAAAUACCGUCGGUGUUCUUCAAGGAGGGUCUCUCAUUACUCAAGGUAUCUCACAAGUCUAAAAAAAGAACGUAUUUUCAAAUAGGUGAUAAAGAUUUUCAAUUUUCCUUGAAAAAUGCAUAUGCGUCUGCAUCAAGCUCAGCUACAAAUGGGUUGCAUAGACUUCUUACGCCUACUUCAACGCAUCAACCAAAAAACAAAUCCUAUGAAUUUUCAAUUGACGAUAUAAAGGCCAUUUCGUAUCAAAAAGAUGCAAGCAACUAUCGUGAAGAGCUUCAUGUAUCAAAGGAGUUCGAGAAUCAGUGGUUAACAAUUAUCUAUUUUGACAAGAAGAAGAAAAAAUUAAAGACUAUUCAUAUCAUUGCUGAUACAGAGCAUGAUCUUAAAAAGUUGUUGACUGUGUUAUCUGGGUUAAGGAAAUUGAGGAAUAAUUUGGCCAAAAAUUAUCUCCUUGACUUGAACGAUAUUGAUGAAACUCAAAGAAAUAUGUUUAUUGGUAGAAGUCAGGACGACAAUGAAAAACAGAUUAGGAA